AUGUUGCCGGAAAUCUGUCAUCCGCUCUCCGACGUAUCGCCGGGAAAGAUCAGCAAUGGCGGCGCCGGUAAACUUGUCCGGAGAAGGCAGGAAAACAGAGAGACUGUGCCUCGUAGAUCACUUCUAGCAGUGACAGAGCCAGAGGAGGGGAAAAAAAGGGAGAAAGAAGCUUACAUGGAAGCUAUCUUAAACAGAUAUAAAGAAACUAUGAUUAACAGGAGUCACUAUCACAUAGGUUAUCCAGCUAAUCUGGACUUUGAUUAUGGAGCUCUAGCACAGCUGCAAGCUUUCUCCCUAAACAACAUUGGGGACCCAUUCAUUGAAGGCAACUAUAGCAUGCAUUCACGAGAGUUUGAAGUUGCUGUUUUGGAUUGGUUUGCCAAUCUAUGGGAAAUUCAGAAGAAUGGUUAUUGGGGAUAUGUUACAAAUGGUGGCACUGAAGGAAAUCUUCAUGGCAUUCUAGUUGGGAGAGAACUACUUCCAGAUGGGAUACUAUACACAUCAAAAGAUUCACAUUACUCCGUCUUCAAAGCAACUAGAAUGUAUAAAAUGGAGUGUGUCAAGGUUGAUACUUUAUUCACGGGUGAGAUCGAUUAUGAGGAUUUCAAGGCUAAGUUGCUUCUUAAUAAGGAUAAGCCGGCGAUCAUCAAUGUCAAUAUAGGAACAACGGUGAAAGGAGCGGUCGAUAAUGUUGACAUUGUUAUAAAAGUUUUAAAAGAAUGUGGAUUUUCAGAGGAUAGAUUCUAUAUCCAUUGUGAUGGAGCGUUAUUUGGGAUUAUGAUGCCUUUUGUUAAGCAUGCCCUUCAAGUUUCUUUCAAGAAGCCAAUAGGAAGUAUCACUAUUUCUGGACACAAGUUCGUGGGAUGUCCAACGCCUUGUGGAGUUUAUAUCACAAGGAAGCAAUACAUUGACACUCUCUCAACAAAUAUUGAGUUCUUAGGUUCUUCGGACACCACAAUCAUGGGAAGUAGGAGCGGUCAUGCUCCAAUCUUUUUAUGGUACGCUUUAAACAAAAAUGGAUAUAUAGGAUUUGAAAAACUAGUCCAAAAGUGUCUUGCAAAUGCUCGUUACUUGAAAGACCGGCUUAAGGAAGAAGGGAUAAGUGUCAUGCUCAAUGAAUUGAGCAGCACCGUGGUGUUUGAGCGGCCUCUGGACGAUGACUUUGUCCAUCGCUGGCAACUCGCUUGCCUGGGAAGCUUGGCGCAUGUAGUUGUCAUGCCCAAUGUCACUAUUGAAAAGCUUGAAGAAUUCUUGGAUGAGUUGUUAAAGAAACGUUCUGAGUGGCACAAAGAUGGUGGAGGAGUUCAGCCUCCUUGUCUUGCAGCCGACAUUGGAGGAGACAAUUGCCUAUGUUCUAUUCACAAAUAGACUAUUAUGUUAUGUCUAUCAAUUGGUUUGUUUAUCUUAUUGAGGCUAUUUUGACAAUG